AUAGCGACGCUCAAACCGAAACAUUGAAGAGCGCUCAUUGACGAGUUCGGUUUUUCAAAUAUGUUAUUUCUGAGAAAACUUUAAAAUACUUGAUCAAUGAGUUCAGUUCGUAGCUUAAUAGAGGCAGUUUCCGAGACCGUGUUUCCAGGAUUACAUCUAACAUACAGUAAAUGGCAUGGCAUUGCAAUUCGACAUGGCGAAGAACUUAUGACAAGCUUGCCACUGCAAAUGCUAAUUUAUUUCAACCUUCAUUACUCACCUUUAUGGCUAAUAAGCCGCAUUUUAUCACUCUACAUCAAGUACCACCGUCUGUCAGUGAUGCAGCAGACUAUAUCAGCCGCCAUCUUGGCCAUGAUGUCACUCGUGGAAGCUCCUCGGCUGUAUCUCGGCUACUUAGGAAACCUUGCCGAAGAGGUACCAGCACUUGCUGGUUGCUGGCUGCUGAGCUUGCUGUUCCAGCUACCGCUGUUGGCAUUCCUUGCCAUAGCCGGUGCCAUGCCUCUGCCCCUAGAGCGGGCGGUGGACAUUCCAAUGGGAACCCUGGUCCUACUCCAAGUGGUGCUUGGGUUCGGUGUCAUCCGGCAAAUGACGCGCAAGCAAACACAACGGUUCCUGCGUCACACUGGCACCACGUCAGAAAGGUCUGGCAUCUUAAACCGGAGUUACGUUGAGGAAGAACGCUAAUCUGAACCACUCGAACAAGUUUUACAGGCAUAUGUAUGCACAGCAAGAACUUGCACAGUUUAGCAUGACUGGGAUUGCUGAGCAUCUGCAAACUGCUAAUAGCCAAAGAAGUGCUAGAGUGUAUUAGAGCAUAAAACGCUUUGUAAUAGAGCCCCCAAUCCAAAACAUUCUGUCCGUCCGUUUUUCUGUUUGUUAAAUUUCUGUUAAAUUUUGCUGGGAAAUUGACGUCGCAUGACCUAUGCACCGAUUCAGUCCGCACGCUCAAUUUAGCGGGGAAACUGAUACCACGUGACAAUCACCAAUUGAGUUUUUCCGCUAAAUAUAGCCGGGAAACUUGACGUCACGUGACAUGUCACAGGACCUAUGUGGAGCGCAAGUUUGUCUGCUUCUUGCACGGGGGUUGCGAGGAUGUCAGAACGCCGAGCUCUUACUGGCUGAUUGAAAAAAUAGUGGGUAGACCUCAAGGCAUCUAGCAUUAAGGUCUACCCACUAUCCUUUAAAUCAAAGCCAAUUAGAGUUCGGCAUCAGUCCGACGUCACCGCAACUCCUGCGCAAGAAGCACAUGACUUGCUCUCCGCAUAGUUUCCCUGCUAGAUUUGGUGGGGAAAUUAAUGUCACGUGAUCUAUGCACUGUUAAGGCCCGUUCACAUACUCGCAACCUCUUAGAACCACCUUGGAACCUCUUAAUAUCUCUUAUGACGAGGUCACACUGCCGCCAUCUAUUGGGUACCAGUGUAAACUUGGCGGUCCGGGAUUUGUUUCUAUUUCUCUCGGGCAUUAUCCUUUCUUUCUCGGCUCCAAAAACUUUUGUCAACGUUAUAAACGAGUCUUUCUCAUAUGUAUUAAGCACAUUUGACCUCAGAAAUCCCGCAAAACCUUCGGUCUUGUGAAAUGCAGUUCCAGGGUCACCGCAUAGAUGGUGCCAGCGUGCCAGUGUGUUUUCUUGUCCUAAGAAAUUUUAAGAGGUUUCAACAGGUCUCGUAUCUCUCGGUCGUACUCGGUUGCAAGUGUGUGAACGGGCCUUUAGUUCCUCCGCUAAAUGUAGCGGGGAAAUUGAUAAAAAUAAACCAGGUUCUUCUUCACUUCCCGAAGCGAUUGUUUAAUGUCUUGUAGACAAAUUUAAACAAUCGCUCUCUGUUAAUAUUUUUUAAAUUGGGAUUAUGACUGUUUUCAGCUAAAGCAGUGUCCCUAAAUUAAAAAGUUAAAUUUUUUUUUUUUUUUUUCUCGAUACUGUGUGUAGUUUUAUAAAUAUCACGGCUCAAAGUUUGGAUUCGGGCGCCUAUGACAAAACCGAAACUAUCUGCUAGAGGGAUGGCAACACUGAUCAUCAGCCGUACGGCCGCGACGUGACGUCACAAGGGUGCUGCACCAGUGUUCCUUGACUAAAAGCUAACCCGCUUGCUGCCCACUAAAGAGCAGCUGGUACCAUCUUUAAAAUCGGUUUUAAUGGAGUAUGCAGCUUCACUUCAACGUAAUAUUUCAGCUGUGAUCAUAUUUCGUGCCACUAAAGCGAUACCAGUCAUUUAUUUUGGUUUUGUUUUCCCGACCAGAGUUGCCCUUUAAAUACUCUAAUUUGAAAAAUAUUUCAACAGUAGUGCUGCCUCUGCUUACAUCCUUUUCAUAGCGGUGGUGUCAGUAUGAAGUGUACUUUCUAGUGCUUCUGGAUUGUCUCCCAGGUUCCUCGCCCCAUGCCCUUUGCACGCUGGUAUUAAUUAUUUUAUGUGCAAAAAAGCCUUGAACUUUCUACGUACAUGUUCCGCAUGGCUGGCGCUAAGCAUCGCAUACAAACGUUUUAUACAUGAUAUAUCUGCAAAUGGGUCAUACACAACGGGUUGAUUUUUCUAUGAAAAAGUCUGCCAGAUUCUCUCAUAUCAAGUUUUAAUAAAACGAAGCAGCUUUCAAACA